CCCCCCUUUUUUCUCUGCCGAAACAAAAAAAAAAAAAAAAGAACUUAUCGUAUUUUUUGAAAACCCUAGAAGACUCCUCGCGAACAGGGAAAUUUGAAGAUCUAAUUUGUUUUCGCUUAUCUCCUUGGCCAGGGUUAAACCCUAGAAGACUCCUCGCGAAUCCAGAUGGCAACUCUAGCUGAUUCAUUUCUUGCGGACCUUGACGAAUUAUCGGACAACGAAGCUGAUGUUCUUGAGGAAGAAAAUGAUGAUGUCACAAACAUGGAAGAAGAUAUUGAUGGUGACCUGGCCGAUAUCGAAGCCCUUAACUACGAUGAUCUGGACAGUGUUUCGAAAUUGCAAAAAACUCAGAGAUACAUUGAUAUAAUGCAGAAAGUGGAAGAUGCCCUUGGGAAGGGUUCUGACUUUUCGAAUCAGGGAAUGGUUCUGGAAGAUGAUCCUGAAUAUCAGCUGAUUGUGGACUGUAAUGCACUAUCGGUUGAUAUUGAGAAUGAGAUUGUUAUUAUCCAUAAUUUUAUACGUGACAAAUACCGGUUGAAGUUUCCCGAGCUUGAAUCACUUGUGCAUCAUCCGAUUGAUUACGCCCGUGUAGUGAAAAAGAUUGGCAAUGAGACGGAUUUAACCCUGGUUGAUCUGGAAGGACUUUUGCCUUCAGCCAUCAUUAUGGUUGUUUCAGUUACAGCUUCAACUACUAGUGGCAAGCCACUUCCAGAAGAUGUUCUUCAAAAAACUAUUGAUGCAUGUGAUCGUGCUCUUGUUCUGGAUGCUGCAAAGAAAAAAGUCCUUGAUUUUGUAGAAAGUAGAAUGGGAUAUAUUGCACCAAAUCUUUCAACUAUUGUUGGAAGUGCUGUUGCAGCUAAACUUAUGGGUACUGCUGGUGGUCUUUUAGCAUUAGCCAAGAUGCCUGCUUGUAACGUUCAGCUGCUUGGUGCAAAGAAAAAGACCCUUGCGGGGUUUUCUACUGCAACAUCGCAAUUUCGUGUUGGUUAUAUUGAACAGACAGAGAUUUUUCAAACUACACCCCCAGCUUUGAGGAGUCGUGCUUGCCGUAUCUUGGCUUCAAAAGCCACACUUGCAGCACGUAUAGAUUCUACUAGAGGGGAUCCAUCGGGGAAUGGUGGAAGAUCUUUAAAAGAAGAGAUCCAUAAGAAAAUUGAAAAGUGGCAAGAACCACCUCCUGCAAAGCAGCCUAAACCGCUUCCUGUUCCUGAUUCUGAGCCUAAGAAAAAGAGGGGUGGCCGUCGGUUAAGGAAGAUGAAGGAGAGGUAUGCUAUAACAGACAUGAGGAAGCUGGCAAACAGGAUGCAAUUUGGUGUACCGGAGGAGAGCUCUUUAGGUGACGGACUAGGUGAAGGUUAUGGAAUGCUUGGUCAGGCUGGGAGUGGCAAACUGCGUGUAUCAGUUGGUCAGAGCAAACUUGCAGCCAAAGUUGCCAAGAAGUUCAAGGAAAAGCGUUAUGGAAGCAGUGGUGCUACUUCUGGACUGACUUCAAGUUUGGCAUUCACACCUGUGCAGGGGAUUGAGCUCACAAACCCUCAAGCUCAUGCACAUCAGCUUGGCAGCGGAACUCAAAGCACUUACUUCUCUGAGACUGGAACAUUUUCAAAGAUCAGGAGAACGUAAAUGAAAGAAGCUCCUUGCUGAUUGCCACAUCAUCGGUCUAAGGAAAUCUAUCGAAAAUUGUGAAAGCAUCAUGAUUUCUUAAGUUAUAAUUUACCCGAUGUUUGGUUAUGCUUUAGUUACCCUUUUGAUAAGAGUUCAAAAGACUGCUAUAAAGACUAAUCUUUAGCUUAAGUUUUGAUUAUAUACUUUAGUGACAUGGAAUGUCUGUCCUUCAUGCAAGCUGCCAUUCAUUUUUUCCCAAUUAUCUUUGAAAACAAGUGUUGUAGCCAGGGAGCAAGAGAGAGAUCAUGCUAUGCAGGGUUUUAUUUUUUUAUUUUUUUUCCUUGAGGUGGUUAGUUGGUUUUGAAUAUUUAGAUUGUAACCUGUUGAAGUUGUAUGCUUCCGUUGCCACCUGA